UUUUAUUUUGUAGGCAAUUUUGUUGAAAAAGCAUGUUGAAAAUUCGUUUAAAAAUAUUUAAUAAAAAAAAUUGCCUUAUUUUUUGAAAUGUGGAUCGACGCAUUCACGAUUAUUCGCUUGACUAAACAAUCAUUGCCAUUCUAUUUUUUUUUGAAUAAGUCAUGCAUCGUUGACAUUUGUAUGCCAUCGAAAGAUGUUUAAUGGAAUGCGCCGGUCACACAAAACUAUAUUUGUCUAUCUUUUUUUUUCUUCAUUUAUUGACAUUUCAAGAGGAGCUUCGUUGUAGAAGACUUCUUAGCAUCGAUCGAAUAGUUUUUUAUGCAAAAAAAAUUAUUAUCCAUUGUAAAUAAAUACGAUAAAAUUAAGUAAAUCGAUAAAACUAGUUAAUUCAUAAAAUGGGUUCUGAAACUAAAUCGAGUGCUCGUCAGCGGAGAAAGUCGGAUAAAUCGAAUAAUAGCGAACAAGACGUGACAGCGAAAAAGGAUGCAGUGACGAAUGGCGAUGAAAAUUCGAAGCAACGGAGGCAAAAAAAGCCUACGGCUCGUUUGACAAGUUAUCGUAUUUGGACACGUUUAGUUAUCGUUGCUGCGGUUUUGAUUAUCGCAUAUUUUACGUCAAGCAGAGAUAAAGAGCGAAAAUUCGCCACACGUCGCGAGUCAAUCAUUCUCAGAGCUCAGAAUGUUGAUUGUUCACCGGAGUAUUUGAGCGAAAUUUCCGAGUUCAACUCCUGUGUACCGAAUAAGUGUGGACGGUUUGUGACGGAUAAUUUGGUUACCGAACCAGAGGCAAAUCUUUUGAUUGACCUGGCCAAAAAGGGAUUAUCAUUUGGCGGUGGUACUGGAGGUGUGUCGAUUUUGGAUCUUCACUCAGGCGCACUGUCCAAGGGAAAGGGUUUUAUUAAUAUUUACACGUUACCUGAGGCAAAGGGAUUCUUGAAUGAAGAUGCCUUGAAAGCUUAUAAAAUUAUUCGCCGAAAAAUAGCCAAAGCCAUUUCCGAUAAGUUUGCCAUCGAUGUAAACGCAAUUUACCUUACACAUCCAACAUUUAUUUCUCGUAUUGAUAAUGAAACAGCAAAAACUGUGCAUGAUGAAUAUUGGCACCCACAUAUCGACAAAGAGACCUACAGCUCAUUCCAUUACACCAGUCUAUUGUAUUUAAAUGAGUUUCAUCGUGAUUUUGAGGGUGGCCGAUUUAUUUUCAUCGAUGAAAACAAAGCUGAUAACCGCACAACACUCUCUUCGAUUGAGCCGAAGAGGGGACGCGUCAGUGUUUUUACAUCGGGUGCAGAAAAUCUGCAUCAUAUCGAAAAAGUUACCCAGGGGACAAGGUACGCAAUGACCAUAUCAUUUACAUGCAACCGUGAAUACGCCAUCGCUGAUCCAGCCGAACAAAAGCAAGCCGAAAAGAAGUGAAAAGUGUGCACUGGAAAAUUAAAAUCGAUCAAGAUUUUCACACAUACCGUAUAGUAGAGACAGUGUGUAUCGUUGACUGAUUGUAAAUACUAUAACUCGAUUUCAAAGUUUAGAAAAACUGUCAUCAUGUAAAUGGAUUUUAGUUGGAUAUGUUCACUCCGCACACACAAAUAGCACCCAAAAUAUUUGAUAGUUGAUUGCUCGUUGAUAGAAAAUUCUGUUUGAAUUAAAAAUGUAACCACUGUUGAUGGAUCAUCAAUGAAUGUUUCGAAUGAUAACCUAGUAAUUGCAAUAAAACCAGAUACAUCACUGCAAAA